CUAUUAUAGUGGUUCAUUAUUAUCUAAAAAAAAAAUCACACACUGACUACUUAGAAUAAUAAUUGUCACCUCAUUAGUUUCUUAUUAGCGGCACUCAGAUGUAAAUAAAAACAAUGCAUGAAAACUUUUUGAAGUCACAUUCUGGUACAUUUGGGUACCUAUAAGAUCCUGUAAACUGAUUGAGAACUACUGACAGCUGCGGUCGGUUUAAUUAAGGCUUUUAUCGGGUAUAAAAUAAUAAUAUGAUCUAGCAUAAGUGCUUAGUAGUGGCACUCAACAGUUUUGAAUCGGUUCAAAAGUUUUGCUUCUUGGGAUUUUUAAUUUUAAUAUUUUUUUUUGUUUUGUUUAAAAGGGAAGACAAUGUUAGAGAAAAAUUCCUACAAGGUCAGUAACAGCGAUCAAAAAAAUAAUUAUCAAGAUCUAAAUGGUUUCAAAACGAAACAAGGCCCCAUUAUUACCUGUAUAAAUGGAGUCGACAAUCUGGGAUUAGAUGACGACAUUCAAGGAUCUGGGAAAACUGAUGUCAAUAAGUUCACCAGAAGCUUGUCUCAAAUAUCUACAACCUCCAAGAAUUCCAAGACCAGGUUCUCGGACAACGGAGAUGACAAUCCAAGGUCCUGGUGGUACGCAUUCUGCCUCAAAUGUCGCUCGAAGGAAUCAACUCCAGAAUCCUGGGAACCCCAAUAUUGGUCCUACCUUUGCCCCUACCCGUUUUGUCCGGUUUACCGGAGCUUCGCCCGUCUACUGGCUCUGGUCGUUCUCGGAGUGGUGGCCUGGUGUAUUUUAUAUACCAUUGUCGGUCCUUUGGCCGCACCACCCAACGGCCAACUCUUCCAACUUUUAGUGCUGGUCUUAGCGGGCAAGUUUGGAGGAUGGCUGGUGAGCCUCACUACUUUACCUGGACUGAUUGGGAUGCUUUUCACUGGAAUGCUGAUGCAAAACGUACAUCUUGUUGAUAUUGAUGCUUCGUUUUAUCCUAUUACCAAGCAAUUGAGAAAAAUGGCGUUGGUAAUCAUCCUGAUAAGAGCUGGUCUGGAUUUAGACCCAUCGGCACUACGCAGACUCAAAUGGUCAGUAAUCAAGCUAGGCUUGGGGCCAUGGUUGAUCGAAGCUAUCGUGGUAGCUGUUGGGAGCUAUUAUUUCUUAGGAAUUCCAUGGGACUACGCAUUCGCUUUAGGUUCUGUCGCAGCAGCCGUUUCUCCUGCAGUUACAGUUCCUUGUUUAUUAAGACUGAGAUCCAAAGGAUACGGAGUGGCCAAAGGUAUUCCCACUCUGAUCAUUGCGAUCGCCGGUAUCGACGAUGCAGCCUCCGUGGCGGUUUUCGGUAUAAUUAAAAGUGCAAUGUUCAGCACUGGUUCUCUGACAUUCGUCAUUAUGCAAGCCCCACUCUCAAUCAUAGGUGGUAUAGCUUUUGGCAUAUUCUGGGGCCUGCUCUGCUACUAUACCCCCGAAAAGAAAGACCCGUAUGUGUCUCAUUUGAGAAUCCUCCUUCUCCUAGCCGGAUGCACGUUCUCAGUAUUCGGCAGCGACUACAUAGGAUACGGUGGAGCUGGGCCUUUAGCUUGCGUUGCAGCGGCCUUUGUGGCUUUAGUGGUGUGGUCGAAACAAGGCUGGGACAUCGAAGAUAAUCCAGCUUCAGAAGGUUUUGAAAUUUUGUGGAUGUUUUUCGAACCGAUUCUCUUUUCCUUGACCGGUGCUCAAAUUAAACUUCAGGAAUUAGAUAGACAGGUUGUACUUAUAGGUAUAGGAAUAUUGGUAGCCUCAACAGUGAUACGUAUAGGAAGUACAGUAGUUCUAGGAAUAGGAUGUGGUUUAAAUUUAAAAGAGAAAUUGUUCGCUUCUUUUGCUCUCAUGUCCAAAGCUACUGUUCAGGCUGCUCUAGCUUCGGUUUUGCUUGGUCUAAUAAGUGACCACUCAUCAGUUGAACAUAUCUAUGCUGAAAAAGUACUGAUGGUAUGCAUAUUAGCCAUAAUGCUGACAGCACCUACGUCGGCCAUACUUAUGACAUUACUGGGGCCCAAACUACUAACCAAAACUUCAGUACCUUUUAGUGCUGAAACCGUCAGACACUCUACGAGAUUAUCAGUAAGAAGUUUGAGGGAUUUGACUGUGGACCCUGAAACAAUGCUUACAAUAGGCGAAGAGGAAAAAGCUACAAAAACACAAAAUAAUGGAGACAUACAGGGUGUUCAUAAAAAUGACAAAACAAAAAUGUGAUAUUAAGAAUUAUCUACUUAUUUAUUAGAUUUAUUUACUGUAUUAUUUUAGACCGAUUUAGUAUUAUUUUUUUUAAAUCACUUAUUGUUGGUAGCCAGUGCCAUAUUUAGAGAAGCUGGCAACAAGGUAAGAUUUAAGGAGGAAUUUAAGUGUGGGUUUCUUACCAAUACUGGUAAGCAACUCACUAAAUAUUCCAAUGUAUUUGUCUAUUGUAAGUUUAAAUUGAAAACAAUUGUAUUUAUAGUAUUUUUUGUAUGUUACUUUCAAUAUCCCUUAUUUGAUUUAGUUAUAGAGAAUUAAUUACUAGAUAAUUAUUCAAGAAAAAAAUUCUUUUGUAGAAAAUUGUCAUUUAUAAAAAUAGAAUUGAAAAUUAUUAUUUGUUUUUUUAUUUUUUAUGCAAGGAUUUCUGUUUUAUUUUCUUCCAUCCAUUUCUUCUUCUGAGAUGGUGUGAAAACACACAACUUUGAGUUACUAUGACUUUCUUGUUUUGGAAUUUACCGCGACUUUUCCUAAUAAAUAUUUUUUUUGCAUGUCUU